AUGGCUAUUUCUUUUCCAGUGGGGCUUUUACUUGAAGUCAGAGUUCCGCCAUCCCUUAGUGCAACAAUCGGAUCUGAUGUCAGGCUUCCCUGUACUUUUUCUGUGACUGAAUCUCCCUUGAAGUUGGAUUAUCUUGGAUUUUUGUGGCAAUUCAAUGACCAAGAUAUCCUCACUUUCGAAAAUAAUAGGAAAAUCUCAGUACCAAGAGUGGUGUUCAAUGAAAAUGAAGCCAAAAAAGGAGACCCUACUAUGGUUCUUCAAAAUGUUAGUGUCUCAGAUGAAGGAAUCUACAAGUGUACAGUUGUUCACUGGCCAGAUACCGAAACAGGACAAACCCAGCUGACUGUUUAUGCGCUUCCUACAAUCAGCAAUAUUGAGAAGUUGGGUGACCAGCUGCUGUGCUCAGUCACUGGGUUCUACCCAAAAGAUAUCUCUGUUGCAUUAUUUAUGGAUGGAAAAGUGCUGAGCAGUUCUACUUUGGUCAGUAACCAGAAUAUAGAUGGCACAUACAGCAUUAAUAUAUCUGCACCAUUCACAGAGAUGGAAAAAUCGAAGUCAUUUUUCUGCAAAGUUCAACACAAAUAUCUACCAAGCCCCCUUGAGAAGCAUGUACAGCUGGUGGUUGAAGGAGCCAAUGAGAGCGGAUUUAAUGUGUUUUUGUUGGUCGGGAUCCUUGUAGCUCUUGUGUUUAUUGGAGCUAUAAUUGGUGCUGUUUUGUAUUGCAGACACAAGAAAGGUAUAAAAGCAUUUAUAAUGAAUAAAAUUCAGGGUCCUGAUUCUUGGGUUGAUGGAGAGAAGAUUACUUUGUACUGCACAGCAUCUCACUGUACUAAAGAUGUGCAAGCGGCAUGGAUUAUAAAGAAUAAAGAUGGCACAAUGUGUGAGAUCACAGACUUUACAAAGGUGCAAUCAGAAGAGGAAGAGCCUCUCAUGGCCAAGGAAUAUGAGAUGACCAAUGAGAGAACAGAUAAACCAGGGGAAAAGGGAUCUUGUGAUUAUACAACUUCUCUAAGCUUCAUUCCAUCUGUAUCAAGGCAUCUAGACUCAUCCAUUAUCUGUAGGUUUGUGUGCGGGAAAGAGAAGGCGGAGAGAACAUUUCAGUUCAAAUCUAUCUAUGCAAAACCUAAGAUCUUGGAGCCAGUAAUAUUCACACUUUGUGAGCCAGACGAUGUGCAGCUGUCAGUGAAUCUGCAAGGAUUUUAUCCACAAAAUAUCCAGAUAAGCUGGGGCUGUGAUGGGAAAGAGUCCAGAGAGGACAGGACCUCAGAAGAUGAGUUAAAAAAUAAUCCUGAUAAAACUUUUAGUAUUCAAAGCAAAUGUAAGAUCCCUGGUGAUCUCUUCAAAGAUCCGGCUUUUAAAGUGUGUGUGACUUGGCAACAUGAAUCUAUGGAAAGCCCCGAGUCUAGAGAAGUGUCUGUUAGAGAUUUCCCGUGGUGCCCCAGACAAGAGGACAUCCCCAUAGAAAGUAAUAGCAACAAACUAAAUUAUAAAAUCACUAGUUCCACAAUAUUCACUCACAGAAAGCAGGCAGAUGGUACAUUCACAUGUAACGCUUGUUGGUCAUUAAAGGUCCGGCAACCUCAAAGCAACACGAGCAAUUUGUCUGUAGAGUGGAGCACCCAAAGUCUGAAGAAACCAUUACAGACAGCAAUAACUGCACUGCAGGACAAUGAAACAUUCAAAAUCGGUAACAUCCAUGGACCUAAGAAGUGGAUUGAUGGUGAAAAGGUCACAUUAUAUUGCACAGCCUCCUAUUGCCCGGAGGACGUCCAGGUGAUGUGGGUUAUAACAGAGCAUGACGGAACUGUGCGAGAGGUCUCAGAGCUUGCACAAGGAAAGGACAAUAAAGGAAGGAAAGUUGUACCCACUGGAUAUGUUGCAAACAGGGAGAGAACAGAGACAUCAGAUAAAGAGGGACUUACAGACUUUACUACUUCGCUGAGUUUCACACCAUCUAUAGCAAAACACAAAGACAUCACCCUAGUCUGCAAGUUUGUCUGUGGUGGGACAUCCAAGGAGAAAUGGUUUCAACUUGAGUCACUUUUCGCAAAACCCAAGGUCCUGGAGCCUAUAAAACUGUCACUGAGCAGUACUGGAGAGGUACUUUGCUCUUUCAUUGUGAAGGAGUUUUAUCCAAAGAAUAUUCAGAUAAACUGGAGUUACGGAGGGAAGAAUCACCAAGAAAACAAAACAUCAAAUGAGACUUUCACAGAACAUGAUCUCACCUGGAAUGUUCAGACUAAAUGCAAAGUUCCUGGUCACCUUUUUAAAGAUAAAGAUUUUACAGUGAUUGUGAAAUGGAAACACAAAUCUAUGGAUGGCUGUAAAACAAAACAGAUAUCUGUAAGAGAUUUCCCUUGGGAACCUGAAAUUAGGGAAAUACCAAUACCCAAUAUUUUUAACAAUAAACCAGCGACUCUGAUGUGUACAGUUUCUAAUGUAUUUCCUGAUAGUCUGGCUGUGAAGUGGUUAAGAAAAGAAAGUUACACUAACAACCCUGUUCCUUUAUCUGACUGUGACAAAUAUAAGAUUCCGGAUAUCCAGCGAGAGAAGCAUAAAGAUGGCACAUUCAUCUAUAAAUCACGGUUAACUUUUAUUCCAUCUGUGAAGACUGAUCAAGGGGCUGAGUUCAUCUGUAAAGUGGAUCAUCCUAAAUUAAAAAAGAAACAAACAAAAUCAACAGGGCCCCUCCAAAUAACAGCAUUACCAGAUGUGAAGAAUAUUUGUAAUCCUGAAGAUGGGAUAUUUACAUUGGAAGUUGACAGUUUUUACCCUGAAAACAUUACAAUUUCAUGGAAACUGACUCUGGACUCAACAAAAGAAGAGAAUAUAACACUUAACUCCUCUGUUAAAUCUGAUGUGCGUGAAAAUGGCAGCUACAGAGCUAUAAGCACCUGUGACUUGAGGAAAAAUGAUUUAAUUGAGGGGAAAUCAUAUGGUGUAAUAGCCACAGUGGAACAUGAGACGCUGGACUCUCCUAUUCAUAAAUCAUUUAAUAUGGAAAGAGCAAUGACUUUACCUUCUCCAGUUGACCAAAAACAGAACCAAGAAUGUACCACCCCAACCAUGCAAGACAAUGUGAAUCUUUCAAUCCAACCAACAGAUCACCAGAGGUCCAUUAUUAAUGCUAUACAGGGACCUCAGGUUUGGACCAAUGGAGAAAAAGUUUGUCUGUAUUUAACAGCCUCUUACUGUACUAAGGAUGUGACGGUGACCUGGAUUAUAACAGAGAGAGAUGGCAGCGUAUGGGAAAUACCUGACACAGUAACAGAACAGACCAGCAAUACAAAUACAUUAAUUUCUAGUGGAUAUGAAGCAACAAGGGAGAGCACAGAUAAGUCAGACAAAGAGGGGCUUCUAGACAUUGUGAGUUGUCUGACAGUUGUACCCUCUGUGUCUAAACAUUCCGCAAUGACUCUGUCAUGUAAAGUCAUCUGUGAAGCAGAAGUGAAGGAAAAACUAUAUACAUUACAAUCUAUUCAUGCAAAACCUAAAGUCCUGGACCCUAUAAAAUUAAGUCUGUGUGACUCAGGAGAGGUGAUGUACUCACUGAAUCUGCUGGGAUUUUAUCCAAAAGAUAUUGAUAUUUGCUGGGAAUGUGGAACCGACCAGUCACUAAAAACUCUUAAAUCCCAAGAACAUCCACAAGUAAAUCCUGAUAUGACAUUUAAUGCCCAGAGUGAGUGUAAAGUUACAGGAAAAUCUCUCAAAAAUCCAAACUUUAAAGUGCGGGUAACCUGGAAGCACAGCUCUAUGGAUGAGAUGGAAUUCAGAGAAAUGUCUGCAACAGAUGCAGACUUUCCUUGGCGACCUGAAAUACAAGCAAUCCCCAUAUCUCAUGUAAUAAAUGGCAGUGAGGUCACAGUGCAAUACAACAUCUAUAAAUAUUUCCCUGAUGCUCUGACUGUGAGAUGGUUUAGGAAGGAGAGAGGAGGUCAGGUGCUGUCUCCGUUAUCUCACUCUGAGAACUUUAAAAUGUCAGAUCUCGAACACAAGAAGCAGUUGGAUAAAGCAUACAAAUGUACAGCACGUUUGUUAUUUACUCCAUCACUGAGCUCAGACCAAGGAGCAGAAUUUAUCUGCAGAGUAGAACAUCCCAGCCUGGAACAACCAAUAGAAAGAGGAACUGGAGCUCUUGUAGUUAUGUCUAAGCCAAAGAUUACAGGUCCUUUAACAUUAAGCAUUUGUGAUCACAGCAACUUACUGUGUUCUCUGAAUCUGACAAACGUAUACCCUAAAGAUAUCCAGAUCACAUGGCUCUAUAGAAGCGGACAAUACUCACAGGAGGGAUCACCAGAACCAGUAUCUGAAGAGUGUGCAGAUCACACAUUUAAUGUAACUAGUACUUGUACAAUUCCUGCACAUCUCUUCAUAGAUCCAACGUCUAACAUUUGUGUUAAAUGGAAACAUGAAUCUAUGGAUGACCCAGAAUCCAAAGAACUUUCUGUAAAAGAUCCAGGUUUCCCUUGGCGACCAGAGAUGGAGGAUAUUGUCAUUCCUACUCUCUUACCUAAUGAACAAAUCAGAUUACAGUGUAAAAUCUCACAUUAUUUCCCUGAUGUGCUGACUGUAACAUGGUUUAAGAGAAAGAAAGGACAGCAGGAGAGACAGCUGGUUCCUAAUGAAAAGUACAACAUUCCUGAUAUUCAGUCUGUAAUACAGGCAGAUCAGUCCUACACCUGCACAACACAUGUGAUCUACACACCGUCAGUUCAUGCAGAGCAAGAAGCAGAAUUUAUUUGUAAAGUGGAUCAUCCGAGUCUUGUCCGACCAAUAACUAAAUGCACAGGGAUGUUAUGGCUUGUAGAUACACCAUUCAGUCAACCUGAAAAUCAAUUUACAAGUCCUGGACACAAUCUAUAUUUAAUCAAUAAUGAAGAACAUGUUUAUCUUCAAGACACAGAAUUGAAGGAUUUAAAUGAAGCAACAGAUAACCAAACCAGAAGUACAGAUGAGGAGAUGGAGUUAUGAACAGAUUCAUGAAACAACUUAAAGGGACAGUCAAGUCAAAAUGAAACUUUCAUGAUUCAGAUAGGACAUGCACUUCUAAACAACUUUCCAAUUUACUUUUAUCAUCAAAUUUGCUUUGUUCCCUUGUUGGUAUUUUUGAAAAGCUAAACCUAGGUAGGCUCAAACUGAUUUCUAAAACCAUUGAAAACCGCCUCUUAGCUCAGAGCAUUUUAAAAGUUAGACAGUGCUAGGUCAUGUGUUUCAUAUAGAUAACAGUUUGCUCACUCCCGUGGAGUUAUUUAUAAGUCUGCACUGAUUUGCUAAACUGUAUGUCUGUCAAAAGCACUGGCAUAAGGGGGCAGUCUGCAGAGGCUUAGAUACAAGGUAAUCACAGCAGUAAUAUGUGUAUUAAUAUAACUGUGUUGGUUAUGCAAAAUUGGGGAUUGGGUAUUAAAGGGAGUAUCUAUCUUUUUAAACAUUAAAAAUUCUAAAGUAGACUGUCCCUUUAAUGUAUGAUAGUACAGCUGGUAAUAACGACAUUAUUUAAAAAAAAUUAAAUGAUUAUAACAAAAUUGUAUAUUUUUUUUAACACUUAUGGUGUUACUGAACUUGUGUUGUUUUAUAGCAAAAAUAAUCACAAAUGACUGAAUACUUAUGAAGGAACUUUUUUAUUUAAAAUAAAAAGGUGAGAUUAUUCAGCA